GCUUGGGACGACGACAAGGUGGCCUCGAUGCGCCUGUAGGAGAAAAAAGAGAGAGAGAGGAGAGAGAAUGUUUGAGAGAUCGCUGAGCGACCUCAUCAAGGGGCUGCGGUCCCACCGAGGCAAGGAUGAGGCGAAAUUCGUCGCAACGCUCAUGGACGAGAUCCGGACUGAGGUGCGAAGCGGCGACAUGGACGUCAAGGCCGAAGCUGUCCUCAAGCUUACCUAUCUGCAAAUGCUGGGCUAUCCCGCUGCCAAUGCCUCGUUCCACAUGCUUGAAGUCAUGGCCUCGCCGCGCUUCCACCAAAAGCAAGUCGGCUACCUGGCUGCGUCCCAGUGCUUCAACCAGGAGACGGAUGUGCUUAUCCUCGCAACCAACAUGAUCAAAAAGGACCUGCGAUCUUCUCAGCCGCUCGACGUGGCAGUGGCGCUCAACGGCCUCUCGCACAUUGCCACGCCCGACCUGGCUCAGCACCUGGCUCCCGACGUCAUUGCGAUGCUCAACCACUCUAGGGCGCCUGUACGGAAAAAGGCCGUUCUUGCGCUUGCCUCGAUCAUCGCAAAGUAUCCCGAUGCACUACAGCAGUCGUGGGAUCGGCUUCGGGACCGGCUGGAGGACGCUGAGCAGAGUGUGGUCUCGGCGACGGUCAAUGUCAUCUGCGAGCUGGCCCGACGGGACCCGAAGGCGUUUCUGCCCCUGUCUCCUCAGUUCUUUCAGAUCUUGACGACAUCGACAAACAACUGGAUGCUCAUCAAGAUUAUCAAGCUCUUUGGAGCGCUGACGCCCCAUGAACCGAGACUGGUCAAGAAGCUGCUACCGCCCAUCACAACGAUCAUUCAGACAACGCCGGCUAUGUCGCUUCUGUACGAGUGCAUGCACACUGUCAUCAUCGGCGGCAUGCUCACGGGCCCUGGUGGCGAUGAACUUGCGUCAACGUGCGUUGAGAAGCUGGCGACGUUCUUGGACGACGAAGACCAGAAUCUCAAGUAUAUUGCGCUCCUGGCUCUGGUCAAAAUCUUGCCCUCGCACCCGCAUCUCGUUGCAUUGCACCGGGAUACCAUCUUCGAGUCGGUUGAGGAUCCGGACCUGAGCAUCAGGCUUCGUGCACUGGAUCUCGUCAGCGGCAUGGCGUCGAGGAGCAACCUGCGAGACAUCAUUCAGAAGCACAUGGCCCAUCUUGAGCCCACAUCUGCCACCAGUGCAGCCUCGUCGCUCAAGGCUGCCCUGGGCGCACCGUCAACCUCUUCAUCUGGCCCUUCGCCAUUCAACUCUGCGUCUUACCGGCUCGAGAUCGUGACGAGAAUUCUCCGACUUGGUGCGCAUGACACUUAUGCCAACAUCGUCGACUUUGAAUGGUAUGUCGACACGCUUGUCCGUCUGGCUCGGAUCGCCAAAGUUGUCAGUGCACAGGGUAGUGUGGGCGAUGGAGACGAGCAAGUUGGAGCCAAGAUUCGCGACCAGCUUAUCGAUGUGACCAUGCGGGUCCGAGGAGUCCGAGCUCACGCCGUUGAAAGGCUACGGAGGCUGCUCGAGGACGCCGAUGAGUUUUUGGAUCGAGCUCGGGGAGACGAAGGCGAGGUGCUCCAUGCGGCCGCGUGGUGCUGCGGAGAGUACUGUUCCGAGGUGCCUUACCCGCCCGCGCUGAUCUUGUCUAUGGUUCGGCGAACCCAGCUCCUGAUCGACAAGACUUCCUCUACGACGCGCGCGGCUCUGAUCCACAAUGGAGUCAAGCUCUUUGCGUGGUGGGCCAUGAGCCUCUCGGAGAAGUGGGAGGAGCCAAUGGGGGAACAGAUCAGGGACUUAGCAAAGGAUGUGGGCAAGGCAUUGGAGGACUGGUGCAGAGAGGGCACGGAAGCCGAGGUUCUAGAGAGGGCGAUGGAGUACCGGGCGCUCUUCAGACUGAUCGAGGUCGACCUGGACGGCUACUGCGCAAAGAGUAAGAAGAACGAAGGAGGCGUUGAGGGUUCAAACAAAGUCACCGAGAAGUCGAUCAACGAGGAGGAAGUCGACAAGCCAAGAAGCCUCCAUCUCCUCUCGCCCCUCUUCUUUGGGCACGCGCUGGGACCCGUGGCAAAGAAGGCACAGGCCAAGGUGGGCGUGCCCCUCGGAUUGGACCUCGAGAGUUGGAUCGUGGAACCGAGCAAGUGGAGCAUCGUCUUGGACAGCGGCGAGGACGUCAAAGGAGCAGCAAAGGGAAAGGUUGCGGCGACUGUCCCUCCAGACGAUGGGCCGGUGGACGCUGAGGAGCAAAAGAGGAGACUGAGAGAGGCAAAGGAGGCGAGGCUGAGAAGAGAGAGGGCCUCGCCAUUUUAUCUGAGUGAUGAGAAGACAAAGAGGAAGGAGGUGGUGAGCGAGGAUCUCGACGACGUUCCGAUUGUCCAGUUGAAUCUGGACGACCUGGGACUGCCCAUGACAAAGGAUAAGUCCAAGAACGGGGAGGCGGUCCGAGACGAAGCUCCUGCUCCUGCUUCUGCUUCUGCUUCCACACCUCCUGUGCUGGAAAAGGAAGAAAUGCCCUCAGAUGAGGAGGAGGCUGUCGUCAAGAAGACCGUGGCGGUGAAGAGCAAAAAGGGAAAAAAGAAGAGGAGCGAAGUCGUCGUCUGAGUCUCACUCUCUCAUAAUCCAUGUAACAAUAGACAAUGGAAGUGUCAAUGUAUCAAC